UAUGAAAAUCUCGAACCUCCAUAGUCCCCUUAAGAAACAAUCAUGUCCGAAUCAUCUACUUCUGUCUUAACCAGAAAGCGCCCUGGUCGGUAUGAUCGGCAAGCAGUUGUACCUGGCGGAAAGUCAAAUGCAGAAGAUGCAUCUGUUGAUGUCAAAGGCCGACGAGCAGCUGAAAGAGAAGGACCAAGAAGUCGGCCGUCUGAAGCGCAAGGUCAGGGAAUGGGAAGCUAAGUUCAAGCACCAGGAAUCCGUCCAUAGGAAGGAGUUGCAGCGAGAACAGAAGCAGGUCGAAGACUCCGAGUACCUUUACAGACGGUGCCUCAUGCUGGAGCACAAGAUCUACGAAAUGGAGAAGUUCCUCGCCGACUACGGUUUGGUGUGGAUCGGCGAUUCGGAGGGCGGUUCCGAUUCCCCCGGGGCGAAAUCGAAAAACUACUUGGACACCUGCUACCACCAGCUGAUGGCAAACAUCGAAGAGUUGAACUUGGCCGCGGGUAAAGGGGAGGUUCACGUGCAGCGAGAAAAAGGUGGAAGUCGAGCAUCGUUCAAGACGUCCUCCUGCAUGUCACUCAAGUUUUACAAGAACGGUCUCGUCGUGCAAAACGGGGUUUUAAGACCGUACGAAGACGUCACGACUACUUCAUUCAUCCGCGACAUUCUCGACGGUUACUUUCCCUCCGAACUUCAGCAGGCCUAUCCAAACGGAGUUCCGUUCAAGGUCGAAGACCAUAGAACGGAAACCUUCCAGGGUAUGGGAUGCGGGUUUCCGGGCCACGGGCAUCGGCUGGGAAAAUUCCAUCCCGGGGGAAGUGGAAUGGCCCUCAAACAGGGUGCAGCGCCGAUCGGAAGAAUCCAGCGGCAGAAUUGCUGCAGCCUGAAACCAAGCGUUCCACCACUUUUCACCGUGAACGCAAAAUCAUUGAAGUCCAAGAGUUUCACCGAACCACCAUCACCACCGGACAUAUUGCAGCUGAGGUCCCAAAUUCUAGCCUCCCAUAACAACAACUGUUCCGACUCUCAUAUUCAGUCUCACAUAAACGCUGAGCUUGGACUGAGCUCGCGAAGUGAAAAGAAGCGUGACAUGGCGACAAAAGACGCCGAGUACCACAUUUCGCUGCGAGAAAGAGCGCUCAAACUGGAGAACCGUUUUGGCUUCCGGUCACCGAGGCUCACCAGCGGAAGCAGAACCAGUCAUCACAGUUCAACAGACCGAUCCUCAGACCGGAUGUCACCGAGUCGCCUCGAGAGCUCUCGUAGCUAUGACGGAAGGUCGCGUUCAAGAUCGGCAAGUUUGCCUGGGAAACGAGCGAGGCUUUCCUCGUUAUCGAACCUCAGGGCCCCGUCCGGUAGUCAUAACGCGGUAACGCCGAAGGUGUCCGAUUACGCGAGCCUCAGCAACGUCGUCAGGAAACCUCGGGCCACCAAAUCAGCGACACUGGAGAGGAAUAGUGUGGCCCCGGUGCUCCAUCAGGUGAACGAACCGACGGGAAAACCCGACGAGAUGAGACUGAAGAUCAGGUCUUUGAACGGAAGUACCUUCUACCUUGUCCAUCUAUGCCCCGACGAUACUGUCGCUAGGCUUUACAAACUCCUUGACACUUGUCACACCAAGACUCGAAUGCAAGGAUACAAAGUCGUCGUUAGCGGGUACGCGCCCAAGAGGUUGGAACACCUCGGUGUGUCUCUGAGGGAAUAUGGUAUUCUGAGGGAUAGCGUUCUCCACGUUGUAAACGACUCGACGAUGUGAUUGCAGCAAUCGAUAUGGAUGGAAACAUUAUAAUGGUAUAUGAAAACAGAAAUACGAUGCCCGUACCGUUGUUACGUAACGCGACAACAAGGGGCAUAAACACGAUCACCAUCACCGGUUUAA